GGCGGGGCAGGUCAGCUGACUUUUGGUGAAGAAGGAGUGAAGGAAGAAGGUUUGGGACCUGUCGAGGCCUAGCGUUGUUGGAGUCGCCAUGGCCAGCCAGUCUCAGGGUAUCCAGCAGCUGCUGCAGGCGGAGAAGCGCGCCGCCGAGAAGGUUUCUGAGGCCCGCAAACGAAAGAACCGGAGGCUGAAGCAAGCAAAAGAAGAAGCUCAGGCUGAGAUUGAGCAGUACCGACUGCAGAGGGAGAAAGAGUUUAAAGCCAAAGAAGCUGCGGCUCUUGGUAGCCAUGGCAGUUGCAGCUCUGAAAUAGAGAAGGAAACUUUGGAGAAGAUGACUGUCCUCCAGAAUCACUUCGAGAAGAACAGGGAGGAAGUCCUGGAAAACCUGUUGGCUUUUGUGUGUGACAUCCAUCCAGAAAUACAUGAAAACUACCGUAUAAAUGGAUAGGAUAAAAGAAAUAAGCUCAUAUUCGAUAGCUAGGUUGGCAGUUCAAUUGCCCUUACUGUAGAAUGUGAAGCUUUAGCCAUGCUGCAAUUACAUUCUUGUAUAAAUAUUUUAAAUUAUUUCUGUAUAGUAUUUGGUAUGGUACUUCAAUCUUUUUGGAGCCUAGAGAAUCUAGCUUCAUACAGACUGAAAGCUCAUCCUAAGAGUGAAUAUUCUUAUCUCUUAUUUCAUACUAACUCAUUUAGUGAGUACAGCUUUUUUUGUGCCUUUUAGUUGGUAAGCUGGAGAAUGCUACACUGCUUCCUAAAUGGUUUUAGUGCUGAAGAAAAUUCCUUAAAGAAAGGAGUUAACAAUUGUAUAUAGUUCUAUGUAGCAUUCUCUAGGGCUUUAUUAUUGUAAACAUCAGUGAAGCAUUGGGAAGUAAUGGGCAUCCUUAAAAUAGCCCUGUCUAGAUGGGUUUUCGCAUAAUAAUGUUGCUGAUAUAGCCAUUUGGGAUUCUUUGAGUUACUCUUGGUGGAACAGAACCAGCUGACAGAACUCAGGUGCUUAUGAAUACCUUGUUACUUCUAGUACAGGGAUAGUCACUUGAAAGAAAAGACUAUUUAACAUAAGCGUUCCUUAGCUUGUAUCUUUCCCUUUGGCUCAUGCUUUUUAAAUAAAUAGUCCAAAAAAGCCAGUUGCUCUAAACAUGUUGCUUUGGAAGUUAAUAGUCCCCAGAGCCUUUAGAAAAUGUGCAUUGUGGGCACUGUAAGGGGAGGAAGAAGAGUAAUUUCUCCGAACACUUAAGUAGCACAUGUUAAUCUAUUGGCCUUUUCUCAGGGGUCCCCUACAUUACCGACUUUUGAUGUCUCGCUUACUUUGCAGAGUGGUUUCUAGUGUCCUUGAUGUUUAAAGCCUAACAGCUUCAUGCCAUUUACAGGCAUGGAAAUGUAUUAUGUACAGAUAGCUAAAGUCAAUCCAAUAUUUAUUGAGCUUCCACUAUGCUUAGCAUUGCCUUGGGUACAGUGAGGCAGGCACUAAGGUUAUAGGUACUAAAGGAGAAGAUGCCAGCCAAUCCUCAAGUAAUCCUUAGUCUGCUCUUUUGCUGUUGCUAAGCUUUUUCAUAGAGGGAGAAUGCACUGGAAUUCAUUGGGCUUUCUUAAGGAAAACCUCAUUUCAGUGUUGACCCAUCCUCCUCCUGCUAGGGGAAGGCUGUUACAUUAGAAGCAUCUUCUAUUACAUUAGUAGCAACUUCACAAAUCUCAGGGGUUUUAGAAGUGUCACUGGUGCAACUUUAAACUUGGGACCUCCGAAUUUAUGACUUGAUAACUGUAGAUCUGCCUUUAACAUUUAUUUUCUAGUUCCCCUGGAGAGAAUUCAACUGGAUAACCCCUUCCAACUUUGUGAUUCGCUAGAAAGGGUCACGCUGUCUUUAAUGAGUGUUGUAUAGGUAGGCCCCUGAAUCAUUUGAAAGUAGUUGUACUGUAGUUUGGCCAAUAGGAUAAGGAUGGGGGCUGGACCUCUUGUUCUUACUAAUAUAGGGAAUUCCCGGUGAAGAAACUCAUACAAAUGCAGGUCUGCAUUUGUCUUAAGUCUGUUUGCCAAUAGUCCCGUCCCCCUCCCAGUAUUAGGCCUGUGAGAAUUGUUUGACCUGUGGAAUUUGCAUUGGCCCUUUUCAGAUUUCUACCUGUUGCCAUUUAAUAACUUUUACUUCUCCCCAUCUUACUUAAAGACUGAUUUUUCUUAAGAUACCCCAGAAAAAGAAAUGUAAAGGAAAGGCAUCAUAUUCAAUCUCUUUAGGAUCUGCUGACUGCCGUAAUUCUGUACCUCUUUUUCCUUUGUUCUUUAGCAGACUACAGUUAACUUACCUUUCCACAAGAUUGUUUCAAAUAAAUAUUGACACAAAAAAAAUCAGAAUGAACACUCAUUUACUCCUGCCUCUUCCAAACCUUCGCCACCCUGAUUUCACCUGUAUCUCACUUGUCAUGUCUUAAAUGCUUCAAAUAUAAUAGAGAAAACCUUUGAUCCUAAGUGGAAAUAUUCAGGGAACAGGUUAAUCAUCUUCAGGGUCUAAAUCCUCUUCUGAAUGUCAUGGUUAGCUAUAUUUCCCAAUAUCAUAAGUUCCAAUCCAGCUGUACAGCAGGGAAACUGCCUUGUUCUACCCAGGACAGGAAAGCUUAUCUAUUAUAAACUUUUUACUCAACUUUGGCUGGGUACAAGGACUAUACUGGGGUUUAUGCUUUACUUCUCCACACCCAUCCCAAUCCUGCUUUUAUAUUGGGUGGAGGUCAUAACACCCUUCUGGUUAGAUUAAUCUGCAUUUUAUAUAUGUACAUCAGUGAUGUACAUUGACAUGGAUGAGCUGACUGUUAAUAGCAUUCACAUUUAUGUGGCACUUGUUUUGAAAUCUUGUUGUGUAGGCAAUGCAAUUGUUAGUAUUCCCAGUUGAGGGAAUCAUGGCUCGGAAAUGGUGAUGGGGGAGGGGAGUUAAUGCUUUGCAACAAUCUAAUUUUAAUAGUGGUUACUAUACUUUUGACUAACCAUUCUUUUUGUAUGGUGCCUGACAUCUGUGCAGAAAUAGUAGAAGUAAAUGAUUAAUAAAUGCUUUUUGAACCUGU